AUGAGCUCGCCGGCGAAAGACAUGAAUUCUUUCGCCGCGCGCUUGGCCACUUUCGAGCAGCCGCAUCACCUCACCACAUCAAGCAACUCGAACAAGCGGAAAGGCGGGAACGGGAACACAGUCGAAUGGCCACAUGAGCGGCCAUCAAGGGAUGCACUUGCACGCGCCGGCUUCUUCUACCGCCCGGCACACGACUCCAACGAUAAUGUCCAGUGUUUCUUGUGCGCGGUUAAGCUGGAUGGCUGGGAGGAGUCAGACGAUCCAAUUUCAGAACACUUGGCGCAUUCGAAAGGCUGCGCGUGGGCGACCGCGCUGAGCGUGACACCAGAGGACGAAACGCCCGAGCAUCGCGAUCCUCUGUGUGAAGAAUUAUACGAUGCGCGAAAAGCGACCUUCAACAUUGGAGACGGCUGGCCUCAUGAGAACAAAAAAGGCUGGAAAUGUAAAAUCACGAAAAUGGUCGAAGCAGGCUGGUGUUUUGAUCCGAGCGUAGAGGGCGAAGAGCCGGAUGGAGUUACUUGCUUCUACUGCGCUCUGAGCUUGGACGGCUGGGAGCCCAAAGAUGACCCAUUCGUGGAGCACCAGAGGAGGGAGCCCGACUGCACAUACUUUCAGCUGCUUAAGCAAUAUCACGGAGCUGCAGUGCCGCCAAAGAAGGGCAAAGCACGCGGUAAAGCUAGGGGUAGUACCGCUAGCCAAACUAGCAGAAUGAGCACUCAGAGCGCCGUCACCACCACGAGCGAUGCACCAAGCCAGGUCGAGAGCUUGGGCGACAUUCCCAUGGACAGCAGCGUGCCUCGAAUUGACGAUAGCAUUGUCACUGCAGGAACUACGAGCUCGACCGCAACCGCGACGAAAGGCAAGAAGAAAGGCGGCAGGAUGAAGGUUGCUGCAAAAGGAACGAAGGGAAAGAAGAAGACUUCAGAGGAGGAAGAUGUCGAGAUGUUGGAGCAGUAUCCUGCUGCAUUGCUGUCAAGUCAACUCCUGGCAGAGCAUGAGCCUGCACCUCCUGUUUCAGCCAACUCUACUAGGAGAGGCGGGCGUGGAUCGAAGCAGCAGCAAGCAGAUUCCUCUGUCAUCGAGAUCAGCGCAAUCGAAAGCGGUCCCCCAAAGAAGGUCACCCGCGGACGUAAAGCUAAAGCACAGCCAAAAUCCGAGCCGGAGCCAGAGAUGGAGCCAGAAAUCCCGCCUGUUCCACAGACGCCACACGCAGAUGCCAUUGAGCAGAAACGACUCAGCGAAGUAUCAGCACAGCUCCGGGGAGAGCUCGAUCACUCGGUCGAUAACUUCGAUGGAGAGCUAGAUCAGUCGACACCAUUGGCAGAACCACCGAAGCGAGGGGUGAAGCGAACAUCGGAUGGUCUGAGGAAACAGCAAGAAUCGAGCUUGGUUGAGAUUGUGUCUCCGCCGCCACAAGCGAAGCCGGCUACGAAAGGCAAACGAGGCAAGAAACCCCAGCAGACCUCGAGCGCGUCUACCGACAUCGAGCAGGAGCUUGUAGCAGAAGUUGACUUUGCUUUCGCUCCGGACCGUCGCAUUGAGCUUGAGCUGCCGGAGAGUCAAGGAGCUGAGGCAGAUGAUGAGCAGUCGCAGCCUACUAAAGCCAAGCCUGGCCCAAAGAAGGCAAAGGGCAAAGCGAAGGGAAAGAAGAACUCGUCGGCGAGAUCCUCAAAGGCGCUGGCCACAACAUCAGAACCGGAGCCAGCGUCAGCUGUAGAAGAAGCCGAGGAUCUCGCCAGGGACGAGAUGGAGAUCGAGCAGGAGCUCGCACGAAUUGCCUCAGAACAGCAGUCCUCCGAGGAGGCACCACCCAUCCAAGCCGAGCAAGACCUUGUUGAAGAGUACGAGACUUCUCCGUCGCAAGGCCGAGUCAGCAAGGAUAGUGCAGAAUUGCAGCAGCUUCAACAGGAGGUUGACACCGAGCAGGCACCCGCGGAAGAAGACAAGGCCUCAACACCAGCUCGCAAAUCACAAAUGCCGGGAGGCUUCACACCCAGCCCUGGCGGAAGCGACAAAGAGAAUCAACGUUCGUCCAUCGUGCAGCCUCAGACGGUACAGAAGUCACCAGGCGUCAUCCUCGGCCCAACCAAAACCACUACAAUCCCACUGCCAGCUUCGACUCCAAACCGCUCACCUGCCAAAUCUACGCUUUCGCCAUCAAAACAGAUGGGAGGUCUCAAGUCAGCAGCGCCUUGGACGGCCGUGGAUCUCGACUCGGUUCUCUUGCCUAGCCCACAAGCUUCAGCCGGCCGAGUGGGAGAGCAACUCGCCGCUGCAGCGGGUACCUUGACCAGUCCCGAGAAGAAGAUGAGUGUGGAAGAAUGGGUGCGGCAUCGCGCAGCCCAAAGCGAAGAAGAAUUACGACGCAAAUGCGAAACAUUGCUGGAAGCUUUUGAGAAUCAGGGUAUGAGAGGUGUUCAAAGCUUGGAGGGGAUUGAAGUUGUGAGAUGA